CACAGCCUGGUCGGGUUAAGUUUUGAUGAUAAAAACUUGUGAAGCACCCAGGUCGGAGAAUUGAAGAGAAUCAAUAUAUAAUUCACCGAUGCUGGUUAUCCGAAAAGUUGCAUCUGCAGAGACGAUGAGUCUCCGUAUUUGUUGUGGACACAUGUAUCAUUGACACAUGACACAUCAGAGAACAGGGUGAAAAAUUAUAAACGACGACGAUGUGUGAACGAUUUUUAUCCCCGUCGACAAUUUGAGCUGAUUUUAGUCGGUGCCGUGUCUAGCUUAUUCCAUCAUCAGUCAGGGAUGUCUGAAACCAUUGACGUGAAGCCUGUAGUGGGAGACACUUGUGUCCUGAACCCAGCCGGUGUCGAUGUAAAGCCACAGAUGAUGGCAGUCGUGAAGGAGGAGGUGAUCGAGCAGGUGAACCAUGUCGAACAGGAAGGUCUGAGUGCUCUACAUCUGUUGAGCGAUGCAGCAGAUGCUGUGUCCAAAUCGGAGAUCACAGCAACGAUACUACAGUCUGAUAUCCCUGAUGGUGGAACGUGCAGUACAACCCAGCCUAAUGGCACAGCAGGAAAGGCAAAGAAGCCUGCGAAGGUUCGAGUUAGGAAGUCGGUCGGUAAGAAAAAGACUGAAAGUUCGAUUAGUAGUACCACCACAAAAAAGACUAGUGGUAAGAAAAGGGUAGCGAAAGUGAAAUCCCAAGAUGCUAGUACUUCCAAGCAAGUCUGUGUAGCAAAGGAAGACAACAGAAAGAAGAGUUCUAGUGACAGCUCUGGGAAAAAGAUUAAGAAGUCGAGCAAUCGCAACAACUUGAGCAAAGCUUGCGUGCCAGCGAAGGCCAAGGAGGUGAAACAAUCGACUGCUAAAAAGCAGGAGUCCGGUAAGGUGACGAAGAAGAAGGCAAAGACGAAAGCGCCCAAGGCGACCACCUCGCCGCCGAGCGACCCGCUGGUGCUGCCACCACGCCGCGGUAGCGUCGACUCGUGCGACUCGAGUGUUAAGGAUGCGGCGGCGGCCGUCGGCGCGGCGACCAACGAGCGUCGGCGCGAGCGUCUCGUCUGCGGCGAGUGCAACAAGCAGCUGAGCACGCCCGUGACGCUGCGGCGGCACUUCGCCGCAAUGCACCACUCUACGCCGUUCUUCCGCUGCCGCGUGUGCCGCGCGAGCUUCUUCCAGCGGCGCGACUUCCGCAAGCACGAGGCCGGGCACCAGCGCUGCGGCGUGUGUGCGCACCGCGUCGCCGACCGCGUCGCGCUCUUCGCGCACAUGUCGUCGCACGCCGAGCAGCUGCCGUUCAUGUGCGCGUACUGCGCGGCUUGCUUCCGGCUUGCCGCGCAGCUGCGCGCGCACGUCGCUGCGCUGCACCGGCUGCAGCCGAGCUUGCACGUGUGCGGCAAGUGCGACGCCGCGCACGAGUCGGGCGCCGCGCUCGAGCGGCACGUCGCCGCCGCGCACCCGCCGAGCCGCGUCGCGCUAGAGGGCGCCACGUACGGCGCCAACAUGGCGCGCGUUGUCGGCCUCGACACGAUCGAGCACCUGCCGUACAAGUGCGGCAAGUGCAGCCGCGGUUUCCUGCGCGGCGACACGCUGCGCGGACACAUCGCCGGCUUCCACCGCAUCACGUGCCCGUCCGAGCGGCGGCUGCACUUCGUCACGAUGAGCUACCGCAAGCGUCGCCUCCAGAGGGCAGGCGGCGCGCCGUCGUCCGGAGACCCGGACGCUCGCGGGAAGGGCAAGCGAAAGUUGGCGGAGAUGGAUCCGGAAACGGGCCAGCGGAAGCGCGGCCGCAAAAAGAAGGUGAAACUGGAUGGCGGCACCGAGGACGGUCGAGUUGCCGCCGCGAAAGAGGUGAGUGCGAAGUCUCAGCAUCGACGGACGUCGCACGCCGCGCGCACGACGCCGCGCUCUGGUCGCAGCAGCGGCGGCGCCUCCUACAGGUGCAGGAAGUGCGGGCGCACGUUCGUUGCGCGGCGGCGGCUCUACGUGCAUGUGCUCGGCCACCGCGAGCAGCGUCGCCGCGCGAGCCACUGUGGCGUGUGCCGGCGCGCGUUCCGCCGCGCGCUCCACCUGCACCGGCACUUCCAGCUGCACGCCGACGCGCAGCCGUACAAGUGCGAGGCGUGCACGGCCGUGCUCACCGACAUCUGGCAGCUGACGGACCACAUGGCCGCUGCUCACUUUCCCGCGUCGGCGGCGAGCGCGCAGACGCACGCGUGCGCGACGUGCGCAAAGCGCUUCUUCAACCGGCACAGCCUGCAGCGGCACGCGCUCAACCACAAGGCCGGCCGCAACUACGAGUGCGACGUCUGCCGCAUGUCGUUCAGCACGGCGCGCGCGCGCCACGUGCACGGCUUUGUCCACGAGCCGAAGCACAUCUGCGGACAGUGCGGCGAGGGCUUCGGCUACCUGUCGAUCCUGCGCUGGCACGCGGCGUUGCGGCACGAGUGCAGCACGGUGUGCCGCGACUGCGGCGCCGCGUUCAGCAGCCUCGCGCAGUUCCGGCGGCACCGGUACGCGGCGCACGUGCGCACUCGGCAGCACGAGUGCGCGGCCUGCCGCACGUGCUGCUACUCGCGGUCGGCGCUGGCGAUCCACCGAGCGACGACGUGCGCCGCGACGGCGAAAAACUGCGAGAACUGCGGUCGCGCGUGUCGCAGCGUUGCGCUGUUCGCCGUCCACUCGCGGUGGUGCCGCCGCCGCCCCCUCGAGGCGACGCCCACGGGAAGCGCGAAGCCACAGGAGGCGAGCGGCUGUCAGAUUGCGGACCUUGCUAGCAGCGCUUUCGCUGCAAAGGACGAACACACUGAGAUGGUGAUCGUUGCGGGCACCGAUCCAGAAACUUCUCGAAACGAGCAGAAGCCGCCGCCCGGCAGGAACCGCUGGCCAAUCACGCAGGUGUCGCGCUCGAUACAGAAGGAGAGCGGACUGGUCGUCUACAAGCAGUUCGUGUGCAAACUGUGCGCGAACAAGUAUAGCUCGCAGUCGGGUGCGGUGCGCCACAUAAAGAACAUUCACGGCGACGCCGUCCAGCAUCUCAUCGACAGUCGACCCGCUCGGGAUCCUGCCCGGAAGGUGGAGCCACCUGCCGACAAGAGCGCGCAAGAGGGACCAAAGCCAUGUAUUGCGCCGGCAGGGAAGGAGAGGAAGCCAGCAGAGGGGGAGAGGAAGCCAGCAGAGGGGGAGAGGAAGCCGGCAGAGGAGGAAAGGAAGCCGGCGGCGGCGGAAAGCGAGAGGCAGCCGUUCGUUUGCGCGCUGUGUGGCAAGGAUUUUGUCACCGACGCUGAUCGGGAAUCUCACUGCCGAGUCGCGCACAAGACGAAGUUGACGAGCCACGGCGGAGUCGACGGCGCGGCGGUCGAAGGUCACUCGAGCGCGACGAAGCUGUCGUCGGCAGGUCAUCCGCUGAAAAUCCCUCCGAAGGUCGUCGGCAGUCACUACGAGUGCAGGCCGUGCAACGAGCGCUUCUUCAGCGUCACAGAGCUGCGUGACCACUUGAAGACGGCCCGGCCCCAUCAGCACGAGGAUGCCGCCAAGUGCCGCGUGUGCGGCAAGAAGUUUCUCUCGCCGAGCAUACGCAACCACCACAUCUCGGUGUCAAGCUGCUGGCGCACCACUACUGUCGUCGAGUCAGUAGCGAGUAAGGUAGAAGCCGGUGCUGCAGCAGUCAGCCCGUCGUCCACGAGUAAGGCAGCGACGAGGAAGGCAGAGCCCGCCGCAGCAACGGUCGUUUCGUCGCCAAAUAAAUCGGUUGUGAGUAGGUUGGAGCCUGGCGUGGCAACGAAAGUUCCGUCUGCAAUCAAAUCGCUCUCGAGUAAAGUGGAGUCGGGCUCAACAAUGAACGUUACACCUGCAAGUAAAUCUGUGGCGAGUAAAGUGGAGCCGUACACUGCGUUGAGAGUAGCAUCGAUGAGUAAAUCGGUUGCGAGUAAAGUGGAGCCUGACACAGCGUCAAAAGUUCCGGCAACAAGUAAAUCGCUGGCGAGUAAAGUCGAGCCUCACACAACGUUGGAAGUUCCAUCCACAAAUAUACCGGUGGUGAUCAAAGUGGAGCAUCACACAGCGCUAGUUGCAUCCACAGAUAAAGCGGUGGCAAUUAAUGUGGAUCCUAUCAGAGCCAUGAAGGUCCCAUCCACAAAUAAAUUGGUGGCGCGAAGGCGUGCCUGUGCAUUGCCAGCUGAGGUUCAGAAAGUAGAGAAUCACGUCAACUCCAACGUUAACGAUGCACCACCAGACAGUGAUGCCCGUGUAUUGCGAAGAGCACGUGUGAAAGUAAAGUCGCCGCCGGCGCCACACGGUAAACGAACUCGUGCUUCUGUUCAGGCACAGAAGCAACACAAACUCUGUGCUGAGGGAGAUGACAGUAGCGCGGGCACGGCAGAUCAUUAUCUGCUCGGUGGAUCGAAGCAGCGAAACUCGAGUGCUAAUCUGCACGGAGAACAGUCUAAUUUUACUCACGAUAACUCUCUGAAGAGUAAACCGGUCCAGGAGUAUCCUAGCGGCAAUGACUGCAAGCAAGAUGCCAGUGCUCGUGAUACAUCUGAUGAGCAGAAACAGAACAGCACUAGCAAACAUCCGUGUGAAAGUCAGUGCAAUAAUUCGCAACCAGCCACUGUACGACAGAGGCGUGGACGGUCGAGGAAGUUGAAUCAGAAAAGCGAUUUUCCGCCAAAAAAGAACUUUCCGUCAAGGAGAAAGCCAGCCACAACUAGUCGAAAGGUAGUAAUCGUGCCAGAUGCAGAGGUUUGUGACGAUAAUGCGGGUUUCCAUGGCAAUGACAGUGUCGUGUCUCUGGUUGUGAAUUCCUUGGUCAACCAAGUAUUGCUUGAACUGGGAGAGCUAGAGGAGAAAGCUGCAGUUGUGCAGAAGUUGGAUGAGGAUUACCAAGGAAGAGAAUGCGAUUCUGUCCAGGCAGCUGCUUCAUCGGCCGAGCCAAGUCAACUCAGGAAGUCGAGGCGUGUGGUUAGGAAACCAUAUGACGAAGCUUUUGUGUACAGCAGUGAGGUGAAACAAUUUUGGACAUUAGACGGUAAGCCAACCGAUACUAAGAAGCCAAGCACCGACUCGGGCGGCUUUCAGUUCACAGUGGACUCCUCCAUGAAGCAUAUUGCAGGCAAAUGUUCGGAGGAAGUCGUUGUGCAGGCGGCAUCUGGCGUGAAAAGCGUGCCUGGGAGAAAACGGGGCAGACGAAAGAAAUGUAGCGAUAGCAACACUAGCUGUGAUUUACAAUCAGCACCAGUCGAGACUGAUCUGAAUCAGGAUCUUGAGAGUGCAAAGAGCGGUAGGAAGCCAAGGCGUAGACGUACCGACAACAAGCCUGCCUAUACCAAGAAGCUGCGUUCAAGAUCUACAGGCAGUGCCGCGAACGAGAAAAAAUGCCCGGGUGAAAAGCGUAAACGACAGCGCGCGUCAAAACCUUUUGCUUCUCGACAGCAACUAUUGGCAGACAGAAAACGAAAAUUACGAUCUGACAAAAAAUCCGACGUGGGCAACAAGACUGCUAGUGAGGAAAGACCCAAGGUGCAGCCAAAAACAGAGACAAAUGUGUCCAGUAAGGGCAGUGCUAAAGCACCACGAAAACGCAGAGGUAGAGGCAAUACCAGCGAUGAAGCAUCUACUUGCGGGGAAGCAGAGUUCGUUACGAAGUCGAGGAGAGCUCACGCAUCGAAACCAGAAGGAGGUGCUGCAGCGAUGACUCGUGACGGGAAGUCCAGAACACAGGCUGGCAAGAUGACACGUAAAUCUGUCGAUGAAUUGAUCACGAAGGAUGUAGUGACUUCUAAGCGAGUGAGACGAGAAAUCAAAAAACCAAAGUUGAGUAAAGACUUUGUUUAUGACGACAGCUUCGUUGCCCUUUCCUCCUCCGAUAUGCAACAGAAUUCCUCUGCAGCUGAAACCCCUACCUCGCAAGCAAGCGACUCCGUUGAGCGCAUAACCAUAACUGCAAUAGUCCAUGCUGCGCAGGGACCGACAGACAUGAGUCCACCUGCGUCUAGGUCAGGCCGCAUGAUAAGGCCAAAGCGUUGGGAUAACGACGACUUUGUGUCCGAUAAAACCAUGAGUCAACACAUGCUUGCUAUCAUAAGUGGCGAGGCGACAAAAUCGAACUCGGCUCAUCUUGUAUCCGGCGAUGAGAGCCCUUCAGCAAUAGACGAUGCAAAGCAGAAUAAACUGAGCCCUCUGAAAUUGAAAUUGACGCUCAAAACAGAUGGCUCGUCUAAAAUUCCAAUGUACCAGGUGGAGGGUAGGCAUGAUGAGCUUAUGGGAGAGGAACUCGCUCCUCUCACGCCCGACUUGGACAACGAAGGAGAACUAAUCAUAGACAUUGACGCGUGGGGCCAGGAACUCGAUAAACUCGAGAGAGAGGAGGCGCGGUUGGUCGCGUUCAGGAAAGACGAUCAGAGAGACGCGUUUUCGUCAGACGACAGGCAGAGCGAGGCGACCAGCAGCGACAAGCCCGCGUACGUGUCGCUGGAGCACGACUACGCGGGCCCGCGGCGCAGCGCGGGCGACGCCGACGCGGCGUCCACGCGGCGACCACCAGAGGGCGCCCUGGCCGCAGACGGCGGCGGCGCGGCGGCACGCUUCCGCUGCAGCCGCUGCUUCCGCAAGUUCACCGACCACCGGCGCUACCGCAAGCACGCUAAGCUGCACUUCCGGCGGCCGAACCUCGAGUGUGACCUGUGCGCGGCCGAGUUCCUGUCGCGGCGCGAGCUGAAGGCGCACCGGCGCACGCACAAGGAGCCCGCGUGGCGCUGCCACGAGUGCACGCGCGUGUUUGCGUCGCUGCGCAAGCUGAAGCGCCACCUGCGCGAGGACGUGCACGCGAAGAGUCGGCGCGUUGCCCUGGAGACGGCGAGCGACGACGAGCGCGCCGCGCCGCUGUCGUUCCCGUCGACGGCCGACCAGGCGGUCGCGACGAUCGUUCCCGGCGGCGACAAGGCGAACAUCUGCACGAUCUGUGGUGCGGCAUACGUGACCCUGAAGGCUCUGCAGGGACACAUGGACUCGCAUGCCGACCAGGCAAUUGCCAGCAUUCUGCCUGAUGGCAUGGCGACCAGCUAG